ACCACAUGAUGCCAAUAUUGCUUCCUCCCUCAGAAAUCUAUUUUGGCUCUGUUCUGAGUUCUGAGUUCUGAGUUCUGAGCGUUUAAUAUUGCUUCCUACCUCACCAAAGCAGCACAAUACAAUCUUAUUUUCCCCAAUAUAACAUAAAUUUGCCACUGUUAAGGUUUCAGUGAAGGGAAGAAAGAAACAACGCUAUGAAAAAAGGCGAUAAUAAGGGUCGCACUCGGACCUUUCCGGUGGAUCCGAACGUGCCCCGAUGGGUUUGCCAGAACUGCCGCAACCCUCUCUGCAUCGUUGGUGUCGAUUCUUACGCCGAAAAAUUCUUCAACGAUUCUUCUCGCUCCGGGAUGCAAGGGUCGUCCAUUCAUGGUGCCAGCAGUGUGCUGAGUACGACUAAGAUGGACAAUUCCUAUGUUGUGUUGCCCAAGCAGAGACCUCCGACUCAGGGGAAUGCUCCUCGGCCACGUGGUGAUGCUGCUGCACAGCCUGGGAAGGCCAUGGAGGAGUCGUUUGUGGUUGUGUACAAGUCUGAAUCGGGGACUGAUGGAAGUGGGGCGCAUUCAUUGGGGGCAGGGGCGGAUUCUGGUGGCCAUUUGCCGCCUCAUAACUCUGGGUUUAAUUCCACUAUCAUGGUCCUGACCCGGGCAUUUGAGAUUGCUACAACGCAGACACAGGUUGAACAGCCUUUAUGCCUUGACUGCAUGAGGAUUUUGUCGGAUAAGCUUGAUAAAGAGGUUGAAGAUGUGAACAGGGACAUUGAAGCAUAUGAAGCCUGUCUUAAACGCUUGGAGGGGGAGGCUAGAGAUGUCCUCAGCGAGGCUGAUUUUCUUAAGGAAAAAUUGAAGAUCGAGGAAGAAGAAAGAAAACUUGAAGCAGCAAUUGAAGAAACUGAGAGACAGAAUGCUGAAGUUAAUGCUGAGCUGAGGGAACUAGAGCUAAAAUCAAGCCGCUUUAAAGAAUUGGAGGAGCGGUAUUGGCACGAGUUCAACAAUUUCCAGUUUCAAUUAUUUUCUCAUCAGGAGGAGAGAGAUGCAAUUUUGGCCAAGAUUGAUGUUUCACAAGCACAUUUAGAAUUAUUGAAGCGAACAAAUGUGCUCAAUGAUGCCUUCCCCAUUUCUCAUGAUGGAGAGUUUGGAACAAUUAACAACUUUCGACUUGGAAGACUCCCGAAAAUUCCAGUUGAAUGGGAUGAGAUAAAUGCUGCCUGGGGUCAAGCUUGCCUUCUUCUUCAUACUAUGUGCCAGUAUUUCCGACCGAAGUUUCAAUAUCGAAUAAAGAUAAUUCCAAUGGGUAGCUACCCUCGUAUCACAGACACCAAUAACAGCACAUAUGAGCUCAAUGGGUUUUUCAGGUUUGGUCCUGUGAAUUUGUUCUGGAGUACUCGCUAUGACAAAGCAAUGACAUUGUUUUUAGCAUGCCUCAAGGAUUUUGCAGACUUUGCCAAAUCUAAGGAUCAAGAGAAUAACAUACCACCUGAGAAAUGUUUCAAACUGCCUUACAAGAUUGAGAGUGACAAAGUGGAAAACUAUUCCAUCACUCAAAGCUUCAAUAAGCAGGAAAAUUGGACCAAAUCUCUCAAGUACACUCUUUGCAAUUUGAAAUGGGCUCUCUACUGGUUUGUUGGAAACACGAAUUUCCAGCCUCUUUCAGCAAUGGUAUCUUCGCAUGCUGAAGUACCAGCUGUAGGGUCUUUGUACACGAAGCGUGGUUCUGAUGCCAAAUCUGAAUCUCGAAACUGAACCCACUAAACAUAUGCUAGGAUUUAGGCUACGUACAAAUAUGUACAUAGAAAACUACAUAGUCUAUAGAAGCUAUACAAAUGUUUGCAUCACAAAUUUUGUGAGCAUUUUUCGAUUUUAAUAACAUGCUAUUUUGAUCAAGGCUUAAUUACGUAGUGUCUGGGUACUUGUCCCAAAUACGGUACAUUUUGUACAUAACUAUGUUCUUGGAAAUUGCCAUAUUGUCGAAUGAUCGGUAGAUUUUUGAAUAUAUGCUCUUUUCACUCCCCAAAGAAAA